AUGGGCGUCCCUAAAGUGUUCGAGAACCUCCGCGGCCGCAUCGGCAGCAUCGACUUCGCUGAUAGUCCCGUCGUCGGCAUCCUCACCUUCGAGGCGGCCGCUGCCAUGGCCCGCCUCGUCUCCCUUCAUCGCUCCCUCGCCGAGGGCCAGUUCCUCCACCUCCGCCAAAGCAUGCGCUCCCAGGGAGUUGCCUACUUGACGUCCAAGGACCAGUCCUUCCUCCUCCGUCUCGCCUGCGCCGAGAGCCUCGCAGAGCUCGACAAGGCUGCCACCUCCGUCGCCCGCCUCUGCCCCAAGUGUCGCGAUCCUAUCCUUCGCAGAUUCGAUCGGUUCUACGACGACGUCAAGGCUGGCGCACUGCGCCUCGGGCGCGUCGCCGAGGUGGACCGCCUCGGGCUCGGUUCCACCGAGAAGGACGUCGAGAAGCGGCUUAAGAAUAUGGAGAAAUGGGUGGCGGCGGCAUCAAAGUUGUACGAGGAGAUGGAGGAGCUCGGCGGGCUCGAGGCGGCGGAGCAGCGGGUUGAGCAGCAGAAGCGUCACAGUGGGCCGAUUCCGAAGCAGCAGCAGCAACCCGGCGUUUCGACGGUUCCGUCGGAGGUGGUCUCGGCACAGCGCCAUAGGGUCCGCCGGCUCAAGGAGGAAUCUCUAUGGAGCAAGCGCGUUGACAAGAUCGUUGAGCUGAUGGUCCGCGCUGUCAUCACAGUUUUCGCCAGGCUCUGCUUCGUCUUCGGUCCCUACGUCCUCGGCUUUCCGCCUGCGCCGCCCGAGCGACACUAUAGCCGUUUCCCGUUGCUCCCAGGCGGUCUCGAUCUGUUCACCAAGCGAUCUUCGGGUCCGAUUCAUCGGCCAUCGGCGGCCAAGGAAGUCCCCAUCGUGAGCAACUCUGCUCCCAUUGUCAUGCGGAAGGACACGUCUCAAAAGUGGUUCGACGAAAUGCGCAACCUGUUGGAAGCAGGCCCGAGCACCGUCGGCGGUUCGGGCUUGGCGCUGAGAUACGCCAACAUAAUCGAGCUCGCUGAGAAAUUAGGCAAGUCGAUGUCAGAGGACGGAGAGGAAGCGGCGGCGGCGGAGAGGGAGGAGCUCUAUGAGAUGUUGCCGUCGGGGAUGCGAACCGCAGUGAGGGCGAAGCUGAGGGAAUGCUGGCGGCGAGAGGGCGGGACGAGGGACGCAACGAUGGCUGAAGGGUGGCGGGAAGCGGUGGGGCGGAUUCUGGCCUGGCUAAGUCAGGUGGCGCGCGACACCCUCCGAUGGCAGGAGGAGCACUAUAUGGAGCAGAGGUUCUACACAAGGCCGCGGGCAUUGUUGCUGCAGACGCUGCAUUUCGCCGAUCAGGAGAAGACUGAGGCCGCCAUCGUGGAGGUCCUCGUCGGGCUGAGCUGCGCGCAUUGGUACCAGGAGCAAGCGCAGGUCGAGUGA